GAAAGGAAUUUUAAUUCAACAAAUUUUUUGUGGUAUUUACCUCUCUUCGAAAAAUAAAUAAUUAAUUUAAUCGUUGUUGGAAUUGCAACGCAGUUCCGGACCUUCCGGUUGAUUCGGGGACGCCUCAUUGUCGUUGUUGUUUUCGAUGGAGGAGGUCCUCCAUUAUGUCGCUCGUUUUCGCGCCAUUUUUUAAUCACGUGUUGAUAGAUGACCAUUCUGAAUACUUUAGUCUCAAUUGUUUCGAAUGCCACCGUCCUUCAUUGUCAUUCGACUCAAAAUUGUGUCCACCAAACCAAAAGGAAAUACUUUGUUAAGAUGUUUUUUAUUAUUUAAACUGCUGGACACUUUUGUGUUAACGCUCAAGAAAAAUAGGUUGGAGAAAUAUAAUAAAAAAAGGAACACACAACCCCGGAGAGAGAAAGAAGAAAGAAGAAAAAGGCUAUUAUAGAAUAAGAAUGAGUUGCUGCUGCUGCUGUCCCGACGGAAAAAGGGCCCCGCUCUGCCCAUCUUCUAGUUGCUGUGAUCAUAAAACAAAAAAACCAUUUAGCUACCGGUUCGCCUUCUUCUUCUUCUCGGAGAGGCUGCGAGCGGACUCUCUCCUCCAGUCGAUUUCAGGCUUCAUCUUACCUCAUUUUCAUCUAAGGAGGGUCUACUACACCCAGGGAUAGAAGAGCGGCGAUCAGUUGACUUGGACUACCGGCAGCAGCUCAUAGGGUCGUGGGAAAAGAAUUCCAAGUUGAAUAUCAUUUCGAAAACUUCUGAGCUCGAUUCGAAUGUCAGGAGAGAGAACGCGCGUGACCGUCUCGGCUGGACCUCUCCGUCUAUUGUCCAAAUGUCGCCCCCCCCCAAUCAGUCGUCUUGUAAUGGCUCAAUAAGGCCUCGAAUGUAUGCACACACGAGGUGACUAGCUCUGCGGACACACAUGGGCACAGACAAUGUCGGACAGACCCGUGACUUUUUUGAGAUGACGACGACCUACAGGAGAAGCGUGAAGAAUAUCUAGUUAUAGUACACCACCAGAAAGCUUUAUUAUUCACUCAAUGUUAUCUGCGCGCCAAUAAAGUUGUGAUUGGUAUUGAGUGAGAACACGGAUGGUGAAUUGACCGGAUUCGACGUGGGGCAAUAAUGGGCAGCAGUAUGAGCACUGGAGACGAGCCUGCUGAUGAUGGAACCUUUCGUCAUUCCAAAGGAAAAAUGAUUCAACUUGGAAGAAGAAGGAAAAAAGCGUAGGGCAUCAGUGGGCGUGUCUAUUGCUCGUCCAAGUCCCGACCAAUAGAAAGCCACCAUGCAGCUGCUGCCCGUUUUUAACUUUGCCGGGGUGCUGGCCAUAUUUUUAACUGGAAAGUGUGUGUGGGGGAAGAAAAAAACCAGUUGGACACUCGCAAAGUUCUUCAGUUGUGCUCCGCUGCUCACAGCUUCAACUCGUCGUCUUCCAUCGAGUGUGUGUGUGACCCGAAAGUUGUCCAGCACUCGUCGCCCAUCGCCACCCCAGGAAUUUCAUAUUACAACUCUCGUACGUCGAAGAAGAAAAUUAAAAAAAAAUGACGCUGACCGGCAUGAACAACACCAUGGCAAGACCCUGCACCUACACCACCGGCUAUCCCUUUCAAGGUCAGGGACGUGUUAAUCAGUUGGGUGGAGUCUUCAUCAACGGACGUCCACUGCCCAACCACAUCCGAUUGAAGAUUGUCGAACUGGCGGCCGCCGGCGUCCGUCCCUGCGUCAUUUCCAGGCAAUUGCGUGUCUCCCACGGAUGCGUUUCCAAGAUCCUCAAUCGCUACCAGGAGACUGGAAGCAUCCGGGCCGGAGUCGUUGGCGGUGCCCGACCCAAGCACAGCCUCCAGCCGGACAUCCAGCGCCGUAUCCAGGCCUACCGCAUGGAGAAUCAUGGCAUCUUUUCCUGGGAAAUCAGAGACAGGUUGAUCAAGGAGGGACUUUGCGAGCGCUCGACAGCCCCUUCGGUGAGUGCCAUUUCUCGCUACCUGCGCGACACCUCCGAGGACAAUCACAAAUCCGAAUCAUCAGGUGUUUCGGGCAUUAGUUAUGGAAUGAUGAGCCAUCCAGGCGACGGAUCUUCAUCUUCGUCUCAUUCCGGCGACGGAAUGGAUGAAGAUGGAUCGGGUUCCGACUGCGAUUCGGAGCCGGGCAUCCCGCUCAAGCGAAAGCAGCGCCGCCACCGGACUACCUUCACCGCCCAGCAGAUGGACGAGCUGGAAAAGGCCUUCGACCGCACCCAGUAUCCGGACGUUUACACCCGCGAGGAAUUGGCCCAGCGCACCAAAUUGACGGAAGCCCGGAUCCAAGUUUGGUUCAGCAACCGACGCGCUAGAUUGCGUAAACAAAUGUCUUCCUCAUCAGCCUCAUCCGGCAAUGGAUCCUCGUCGCCGUCGUACUCCAGUUCGGCUUCCGCUUCUUCUUCCAGCGGAAUGAUGAACUCCAACAGCAUCAGCCCAACCACCGGCGCCGGAAUGAUGAUGUCCGCCAAUAUCGGCUCGACCGGAAUGGGUCUGCCCAAUGCGGCUUCUUCUCCUUACCAACAACAUCCGCACGAUACCAUCCAUCACCAUCACUCUAUGACGGCCAACAACACUGAAGUGCCUUCGGCUGUCCACCAACAGCCGCUCUACUCGGUUCCGCCGGCCUUCGCCGCUGCAGCUCCGGCCGCUUCGCCUUCUCUACCAUCCAACAAUCCUUACGUCACUUCUCUGGCCUCCCACCACCAGAUGGCCAAUACGAUGAUGAACUACCCGUACACUCCGCAAGAGAGCAGCAAUUGGUAUCAGCACCAACAACACCAGCACCAGGCUGCGGUCCAGCAACAAGCUUCCAUGAUGAUGCCAUCGGCGGUUACCAACCCAACUUCCGCCGUCGCAUCUUUCGGCAACGGCAAUCGUACGCCGAUGGCUCAUCCGCACGCCAUGUCUCAUCACCAUCUCAACCACUCUGCAUUCACAGCAUCCAUGUACGGAUGGUAUUGAUUCGCCUUGUAACUCUUCCAUCCACUUUUCUUUUAAUGAUACAAAUUUAUAGCCUUGAUAUAUAUUUUGAGUAGAAUUUUAGAAUGGCAUAUUUAAAAUAGAAAAGAACACGGUCGACUGGCCGUCAACAAUUUCAUGGCGCUACAGUUAAACCUUUUUUCCCCCCAUUUUCCCGAUAAGAAAAGAAUCUUUUUUCAAUGACGAUUGACUUGGCGACAGGUCUUGUUAGACAGCGUCGCGUUCAAUUGUUUUGUCUCACCCCCGCAUUGCAAAAAAGAAACAACGGCGACUUUUUCACAAAUAAAAAAACGACAAUGAAAAUCGUGUCGACUUGUGUCGGCCGUUCCCUUUUGUUUGAUUUCCUUUCCGUUCCGUCACGCUCCAACUGCCUUCAACUACCCAAUCUAUUUGAAUUGAGUUUUCUUUAAUUUUUUUACCACCAGCAGUAUUUCAAACAAACAAGUGUCUUAUUUAUUUAUAUGAACGUGAUAUUUCUCAUUUCUAUGCAUUUUUUGAUAUUCUAUGAAAUGACUUAAAUUGUACUCUCUCGGCUCAUUUUCACAUGUCACCUGCUGGCCUGGCUACACCUGCUUCACUCCUAUUUUUU